UCUGAAGCGACCAUCAUGAACUCUAAGGCAAUUCUGUUGUGCUGUCUGGCAACCGUGGCAUUGGCUCGUCCCGACAGGCCAGGUUACGGAUACCCAGCACCUGCUCAUCCCGUUUCGUACCAUGCUCCUGAAAGUUAUGAGAAGGGGAUGCCUUUCAACUUCGACUACGCAGUCAACGAUCACUACAAGGGCCUAGACUACGGCCACAAGUCCAACUCCGACGGUAAUCUCGUGACCGGCGAAUACCACGUCCUCCUCCCCGACGGUCGCACUCAGAUCGUCACCUACACCGCCGACCACUACAAGGGAUACCAGGCUGAGGUCAGGUACGAGGGCGAGGCCAAGUACCCUGAACCUGCUCCCUACCAUGCCCCAAAGCCCUCCUACCACCCAACUCCGGCUUAUGGACACCCAACCCCAGCUUACGGACAUCCCACUCCUGCUUAUGGUGCUCCCAAGUAUUAAGUGACUUCACUUAAAGAUGAUAGGAAUUUAUUUAUGUUUCUCUAAUAAAAGUAAAGCAUA